GCAGACUUCGUAAGAAACCCACCGCUACUCUUUGACCAAAACCAGAUCAUAGUUUUGGCCGGGGCGGUGAUCCUAUACUGAACUGUACAUUUGGAUCUACUACUGAACCACCAUUAAAACAUAUUUUCAAUCGGAACUUAACACAGAAAACUCUAGAUCAACAAUAAUAUGGGAACAGAAAAUAUCUAUUUGAUCACCGUUUGGAUAAUUCUCGCAAAUAUUUGUGCAGCUUUUUCAACUACAUCAGAACCAACAAUAUUUGGUAACAACAACUCCACUAAAUGGCUUGAGGACUACACCGAUAUUGUAACCAAGUUCUCUCUGAGAACUGCUGAGGUACCCGAUGAUGAUCUGUGUUACAUCGUUCCUGGCCAGCAAUUAACAAUCCCAGAAUGUGAAUUCAACCCAGAGACCCAGACAUUCGUGGUUAUUCAUGGAUGGACGGUCACUGGGCUGUUUGAGAGCUGGGUCCCUAAACUGGUUACAGCGCUGUAUGAGCGGGAGCCCAAGGCCAACGUGAUUGUGGUGGACUGGCUGACCCGGGCCCAGCAGCACUACUCCACCUCUGCCGGCUACACUAAGCUGGUGGGCAAAGACGUGGCGAAGUUUGUUAACUGGCUGCAGAAAACAUUGGAUUACCCCUGGGAGAAGAUACACCUGCUGGGCUAUAGUUUGGGGGCUCAUGUAGCCGGAAUCGCGGGCUUCCUCACCGACCAUAAAGUCAACAGGAUCACAGGUUUGGACCCGGCGGGCCCGACCUUUGAGUAUGCUGACGCUCACAGCACCCUGUCCCCAGACGAUGCUCUGUUUGUGGACGUCCUGCACACCAACACCCGGGGCUCACCGGACCGCAGCAUCGGCAUCCAGAGACCCGUGGGCCAUGUGGACAUCUACCCCAACGGAGGAACCUUCCAGCCAGGCUGUGACCUGCAGAACACCAUGAAGAUGAUCGCCCUUACCGGCAUCCACAACAUGGACCAGAUCGUCAAGUGUUCCCACGAGCGGUCCAUCCACCUGUUCAUCGACUCCCUGGUGAACGGGCAGGACCACCAAAGCAUGGCCUACCGCUGCAGCUCCAAGGAGGCCUUCAUGAAGGGAAUGUGUCUCAACUGUCGCAAGAAUCGGUGCAACAAGGUGGGCUACAACGUCGUAGCGGUCCGUCUUCCCCGGAGCACCAAGAUGUUCCUCAAGACCCGCGAGAUGAUGCCUUUCAAACUUUUCCAUUUCCAAGUGAAGAUACAUUUCUUCAGCAGUGAGAAACUGAGCUACACCGAGCAGCCUAUGAAAAUCUCUCUGUAUGGAACCCAUGACGAGAAGACAGACAUUCCCUACAUCAUGCCCCAACUGAACAGCAACAGUACUGUGUCAUUCCUACUAACCACCGAGGUAGACAUCGGGGAACUGCUUAUGGUCAAACUUCGCUGGGAGAAAGACGCCUACUUCAGCUGGUCUGACUGGUGGGGCAACAGCAACUUCCACAUUCGCAAAAUCCGCAUUAAGGCUGGCGAGACUCAGUCCAAGGGGAUCUUCAGUGCUAAAGAUGGAGAGUUUGCUUACCUCGUCAGAGGAAAAGACGACGCAGUCUUCGUUAAAUCAAAAGAGGACAACCUGAGCCGGAAAGAGAAAACCAUGCACAGGCUCAAGAUGCAUGGAAGCCACUUCACGCAGAGCACUGAAUGAAGUUGCUCUUGAGUAGAGUUCGCACGGCACCCCACAGCCAAAGCUGAAUGAAGCCUGGGAGAAUGCUGGAGAGAAGACAUGGGAUGUUGGUCUCUGACCUGCAGCGUGUGUUCUGCCUUCAAUCCUGUCACCUUGUCCCCAUGCACAGCCUGCACCACUUAACCCACUGAGCUGGGAGUUAGCUUACGUGCUUCGUGGAGAGUGUUCCAAUUGUCAUGUUCCAAUUGUAACAAUUACUUCUUUUCAUGGUUUAGACUUUGUCCAAUGUUGCUAUAUUAUGUUUUUAAUCCUUUAUCCGUGUUAAUCCAUAUCUAUCGCUAAUACAAAAUCAUAACGAUUCAUUGUUUCAACCUAUACUGGUUAGUUCCAUUUCCCAAUGAUUGACAUAGCUUCUGCAUCAUGCCUAAACCACUGAACUGCCAUUAACACAGGGACCAAAGAUGGUGAUGCUGUCUACUGAUAUUGCAGUGAUCCUCAUAAAUAGAUUUUUUCAAUCAGUAUUAAAGGAGUUGUCGUUGUAGAUAAAUUCCCUGAUUGUUCUUUGAGUGCAUUUGGUUAUUUUGUUAGCCUGCGUCAGUUAGCUUGAUCAUUCAUCAACUAGUCAGACUGGAUAGGUUGUGUUGAAUCAGAGAAGCAGAAGUUGUAUUGCUUGAGUACUUCUACUACUUCCUUAAUAUGUCAAAACUGUUGUGGAAAUAAUGACCAUUAGCCUAUUGGUCAAGGAUAACAUUUUAUACAAUACAUGCAGUUUUUACUUAUGAAAGGUCAAACUAAAUCUUUAAAUGUUAAACACUUACAUGAGCGUUGGCAAACCUGGGACGGCAGCCCUGCAGAGUAACCAUAAUGCAUUCCAAGAAUGUUUCAUAUUCUAUUUAUUGAAUGUACCUGUAUAAAUUUGUAUAUUAAGCUGUAAGAUAUUAUGACAGGUUUCUAUUGCUGCCUUUGUUUUUGUAGAUGAAGCAUUGUGAUUUAACAUGUGCGGCUUUGGACGGACUAAUCUAAUUGGUCGCAAUGCCAGCAGAGAGUCCAUUUACUUCUAUGAACAGAACUUCAGUGAACUGUAUGAAGAAAACACAUGGUCCUUUAAUAAAGGGAAUACAUUACACAUCGUGA